AUAACCUCAACAUUUGACAAUAUUUUAUGUGAACUUUCGUGAAUCUUGUGAGACAUUACGAAAAUGCUAUAAAAGAAGAUUUUGUAGCUUUAAAUUUACUUAGAGACUUGAUUCUGUGGAUAACGGCGAACUUGUAAAUAUAAUAAACUAGAAAUGGCAGACGAAGAAAUCAAUGGUGAUACAGAUGAUAUUCAGCAUGACAAAGACAAAACUCAAAAGAAAACCGCUAAACAUGAUAGCGGAGUGGCGGACUUGGAAAAAGUUACUGAUUAUGCUGAAGAAAUGGAAAUAUCCUCCCAAGACAUAUCAGGCGCACUUUCAUUAAUUGGAGACCGAAGAAACAAAGAAGCUGCUGAACGUUUAGAGAAAGAACAAGAAUUACAAAAAGUUUCAGUCAAAAAAGAUGACAUAGAGUUAAUUGUGAGUAAAAAUCUAAAUGAAAAGUACAAACAACUUCUAUCACAUCUAGUAGCUUUCAAAAUUUGUUUAUGGUUUGAGGUAUAUAAUUAUGGAGAAGGAACUGUCUAUCUAUAGUGCUUAUAAAAUUCUAAUUAAUCAAAUUUUGAUUGAAAGUACUUUUGCAUACUUCAAAUCACUUUGACUUUAGGUUUUUUUUUUAUUGCUUUGAUGGAUGGACAAGCUCACAGCCCACCUGGUGUUAAGUGGUUACUGGAGCCCAUAGACAUCUACAACGUAAAUGCGCCACCCACCUCGAAAGCUGUUAAUUUACUAAAAUCUUAGCUGUUAAUUUAAUAAAAUCAUUUGCAUGUAGAUGAUGUAGCAUACAUGGUAGUAUGUUCAAGAGCCAUACCAAAUAUGCUCCUUGUUUUGAUAAAUUAAAAACAAUAAAUAGAAUUAUAUUGUAAUCUUAAUAAUUUAAUAUUACCUAUUGUAGAUCUUUUUGAUAACUUGACUUAAUUGAAGUAUUUAGGUAGGAUAUUAUUAUAUCACAAUUGAGACUCCCUCUGUACUGUAACCAUAUCAGCACUGAUCUUUCUACAAUAUUCCUUAAGCACAUUGAUAUAAAUUACUUUAGAUGAGGGUUGAAAAGAAUGUACUGGAGGUACCAGCUUAGUUGUGCUCCAUAAUAUUAUUGAUGUCUAUAAGCAAUCAUAGACACUCACAAGUAGGUGGGCCAUAUCUAUCAUAAAAAUGGGAAUGUCUCAAACCUGAUCGUUACAUUGACAAUGAUGGUUGCUGAUGGCUGAAUAAAAAAAUACCCUACAACCUGAUCUAUAAAAAAUAUAAUGUAUUGUCAUAUUGAUGUCCUAGUAACUUAGUAUUUGUAACCAAACUGCCUUUUUAUGCUGUCAGAAUAGAGGUAAAAUUUCUAAAUUUAACUAGCCUUUAAAUAUGUCUCUUAAAGCAAGUUUUUUUAUUUAUAGGUUAAGGAAUUGGAAAUCUCCAGAACACUGGCAGAGAGAACAUUACGGGAACACAGUGGUGAUGUAGUUGCAGCACUGACUACACUAACUAACUGAUACGGGCAUAAUUGGCAUGCUCACCUCCUAAAACUGUUAAAAAUUUAUUGUUUAAUGAAUAGAAUUUUGUAUUUGCCAAAAAAAAAAACCUUUUUUUAUUGCCUCAAUGUAACAAAUUUGUGGCUUACAUUUGACACUACUGCAAAUUAAGGAAGCUUUAAAAAGAUUGAGAAAAAUAUUUAUUUAAGUCUCAAACAAUGGAAUCUUGCAUUGACCUACCUACUGACAUACUGACCUUAAUUUUUUGUUAAAAUGAAUUGAUGAGUACAAAUAUAAAAGAAUAUAACAAAAGUCAUCAAAGAAUUCAACAAUUCUUUGGCACGAGUUUUACGACCGACCGUCUGCUUGAUAUCUGCUUGUUGACCUUCCUUGGGAAUGCUAUCGUUGAUAUAAGACUGUAAGCCUGAAAAAGUUUCUUAGUCGCCUUUUACGACCCCGAUGGGAUUUUUCUUUUUUUAUGGGGAAUUUUUCUAGUGAAAUACCUAUUCAACAAAUGUUCACGAUUGACUUCCACUGUGAAGGAAUAACAUAGUGUAAUAAAAAUCAAACGGACAAAAUUAUAAUUUGCGUACUUAGUGGUGGUAGGACCUCUUAUGAGUCCGCGUGGGUAGAACCACCACUCUGCUUAUUACUGCCGUGACGCAGUAAUGCGUUUCAGUUUGAAGGGUGGGGCAGCCGCUGUAACUAUACUUGAGACCUUAGAACUUAUAUCUCAAGGCGGAUAGCGCAUUUACGUCGUAGAUGUCUAUGGGCUCCAGUAACUACUUAACACCAGGUGGGCCGUAAGCUCGUCUACCCAUGUAAGCAAAAAAAAAAUGGGUUCGUCCAAUUCUAAUCUGGGAAGCGCAUAUCCGCAAAACAACAAAAUUACUUGGCUUGGCUGUUGGGGGGUUGUGUGUUGUUAAAAGAAGAUGACGUGAACAAUUAAUUGGGGUAUCUAUCCUUUUUACUUUUUAUGGCUCUGGAUGCUGUCGAGCAUAAUAUUAUUGUGUCCUAUCUGAUGUUGAGUGGAUACUGACGCUCAUCGACAUCAGUAAUGCGAUGGGCAUUAGAGACCCAACCGCAUAGGAGUCUAAUGAUGAUGAUGAUGAUGAUAAUAAUUUUGAUCAUUUGUUCUUACAUACCAAUAAUGUCUAAUCAUAUUUAAUGAAUCCCUUUGAAUUCGAUUGAUUUAAGCUCAAAAUGCAAUUAUUUCGAAAGGUGGCAGAUCACUUCAAUAUAUUUAACAAGUAUGUACAAAUUUUAAAAAUCAAUUACAAUUUUCUUUUCAGUUAUAUGUGCACUGUAUUAUGUGUGUUUUCUUCUAACUUCUCUUCUGUGUAUGGCGGAGGAGGUAUACUACUAUCGUGUAUCUGAAACAAAUAAAAAAUUGAUAAAAUUAUUAUAAU